CGGGCGGCGGCCGGCCGCGAGGAGGAGGAGCGUGCGGACUUGGGUAGCUCGGCGCGGCGGGGGCCAGUACUACUUCCCCGAGUAGUACCGCGCCGCUCCGCCCCGGAGUGACGCCCUCCGCCCAUGGGCCUGGCCGAGGGCAACCGGCGGGCGGCGCGGAGGAGGCGGCGGCUGCAGGUGGCGCGCAGCAGGGCCGGAGCCGGGCCAGGCCAUGGCCGCCUCGGAGCGGCUCUACGAGCUGUGGCUGCUCUACUAUGCUCAGAAGGACCUGGGCUACCUGCAGCAGUGGCUGAAGGCCUUCGUGGGAGCCUUCGAGAAAAGCAUCUCACUGUUCUCUCUGGAGCCACGCAGGCCAGAGGAGGCAGGCACAGAGGUGCCGCUGCUGCCUCUGGACGCGCUACAUGUGCUGGCCGAGCAGCUGGACAAGGGGGACCUGGAGCAGGCCCUGCUGCUGCUCAAGCUUUUCAUCAUUCUCUGCAGGAAUCUGGAGAACGUGGAGGCUGGCUGGGGCCAGGUGCUGGUGCCCCGGGUGCUGGCAUUGCUGACCUGGUUGACAGCAGAGCUGAAAGGAGCCCAUGCAUCGCAGGGGCAGGGGCAGGAGGGCCGGGCCCCGCAGCUGGAAAACGUUGCCCUGCAUGCUCUUCUCCUCUGUGAGGGCCUCUUUGACCCCUACCAGACCUGGAGGCGCCAGCACAGUGGGGAAGUCAUCAGUUCCAAGGAGAAGAGCAAAUACAAGUUCCCUCCAGCUGCUUUGCCCAGUGAAUUCAGCGCCUUCUUCAGAGAGAGCCUGCAGGAUGCAGGUGGCUUGCCUCCCAUGCUGCUCUUGCGUCUCGUCCACCUCUUUGGUGCUGUCCUUGCAGGAGGGAAGGAGAACGGGCAGAUGGCUGUGAGCGCCGGCUCAGUGCAGGGCCUGUUGGGUGUGGUGCGGGGCUGGGACCACGGGCCAGCCCAGGACCCCUGCCUGGUGCCGCUGGCACUGGAGGCACUGGUGGGUGCAGUACAUGUCCUGCAUGCCAGCCGCACACCCCCUCGCGGGCCAGAGCUUCGAACCCUGCUUGAGGGCUACUUCCGCAUCCUUAAUGCUGACUGGCCAGCAGGCCCAAGCUCAGGCCCUGAAGAGGCCCUCGUCGCCCUACGGGUCAGCAUGCUCGACGCCAUCCCCAUGAUGCUGGAGUGUGAGGACCGGCCGGUGCUGCAGGCCACCUUCCUCAGCAACAAUUGCUUUGAGCACCUUACUCGGCUCAUCCAGAACAGCAAGCUGUACCUGCAGGCCCGGGCGCCCCCUGAGGGGGACAGUGACCUGGCUACCCGGUUACUGACCGAGCCCGAUGUCCAGAAGGUCCUGGACCAGGACACAGAUGCCAUUGCGGUGCACGUAGUCAGGGUGCUGACCUGCGUCAUGAGCAGCUCCCCCUCAGCCAAGGAGGUGUUUAAAGAGCGCAUCGGCUACCCUCACCUGCACGAGGUUUUGCAGAGCCACGGUCCCCCCACCCAUCGGCUGCUGCAGGAGCUACUCAACAUGGCUGUGGAGGGGGACCACAGCGUGUGCCCACCGCCACCGAUCCUGAACGAGCAGCCGGUGCUGAUGCUGAUGCAGUGGCUGCCGACCCUGCCCACCGUGGAGCUGCGACUCUUCCUCGCACAACGCCUUUGGUGGCUCUGUGACAGCUGUCCCGCCAGCCGUGCCACGUGCGUGCAGGCGGGGCUGGUAGGCUACCUGCUGGAGACGCUCAACACGGGGGCCGCCCUGGGGGCCCGCUGCCAGGAGCAGCUGUUGGCGCUGCUGCAGGCAUUGGGCCGCGUGUCCCUGCGGCCCCUGGAGCUCCGUUGCCUGCUGCGCCCCCCGCCAGGGCUGGACUCAGGGCCGGGUGGAGCCGAGGCAGGGAACGCCCAACAUGCCGGUGCCAUUAUCCGUGCAUUGUCAGGCAUGGCCCGGCACCAGGGCCCGGCACGAGCCCUGCACUACUUUGACCUCGCACCUAGCAUGGCGGGUAUUAUGGUACCUCCCGUGCAGCGAUGGCCAGGGCCUGGCUUCACCUUCCAUGCUUGGCUCUGCCUGCACCCCACGGCCGCAGCACCGGCCCCCUCACGGCCACUCCAGCGGAAGCAGCUGUACAGCUUCUUCACCAGCAGUGGCUCAGGGUUUGAGGCCUUCUUCACGGCAGCCGGAACACUAGUGGUAGCUGUGUGCACUCGGAAGGAGUACUUGACCAUGAGCUUGCCUGAAGUGUCCUUUGCCGACUCUGCCUGGCACUGCGUGGCCAUUGUCCAUGUGCCUGGGCGCCGGCCCUUCAGCCAGAACCUGGUCCAUGUCUACAAAGACGGCCAUCUGGUCAAGACAGCGCCCCUCCGCUGCCCCUCCCUCAGUGAGCCUUUCUCCUCCUGCUGUAUCGGCUCUGCUGGGCACCGCACAACGACCACCACCACGGGGCUGCCUCCACCACCAGUCCCCACCGCCCUGGCUCACACACACCCCUCCCUGUCCCGCUCCCAGUCGGUCCCAGCCACUGCAGGGCUUGGCUGGGGGUCGGGGCUGGUGGCCCCCCUGCAGGAGGGCAGCAUCAGCUCCACCCUUGCAGGCACACAGGACACUCGGUGGGGCAGCCCCACAUCCCUGGAGGGUGAGCUAGGGGCUGUGGUCAUCUUUCACGAACCCCUGCAGGCAGCAGCCCUGCGGGCCCUGAGCACCUUGGGGCCCAAUGAGAUGGCACCCUUCAAGCCGGAGGGUGAACUACAUGAGCUUAGCACCAAGCUGCUCCUCCAUUACUCACCGCAGGCCUGUAAGAACAACAUCUGCCUGGACCUGUCCCCUGGCCACAGGCUGGAUGGCCGCCUGACGGGCCACAGGGUGGAGACCUGGGACGUGAAGGACGUGGUGACUUGUGUGGGAGGCAUGGGCGCCCUGCUGCCCCUGCUGGAGCGAGUGGCCUCCCAGCCCCAAGAGGCCGAGGCGGGUCCAGCUGUAACACAUGACCUCGUGGGACCCGAACUGACGUCUGGCCACAACACCCAGGGCCUGCUUCUCCCGCUGGGCAAGUCCUCUGAAGAGCGCAUGGAGAGGAACGCAGUGGCCGCCUUUCUGCUGAUGCUGCGGAACUUCCUGCAGGGCCACACGGUGAACCAGGAGAGCCUGGUGCAGUGCCAGGGGCCUGCCAUCAUCGGGGCCCUGCUGCGCAAGGUUCCCAGCUGGGCCAUGGACAUGAACGUGCUCAUGUCUGCCCAGCUGCUGAUGGAGCAGGUGGCAGCAGAGGGCAGUGGGCCCCUCCUAUACCUGCUCUACCAGCAUUUGCUCUUCAACUUCCACCUAUGGAGCCCCAGCGACUUUGCUGUGCGCCUGGGCCACGUCCAGUACAUGUCUAGCAUAGUCCGGGAGCACAGACAGAAGCUGCGGAAGAAGUAUGGGGUUCAGUUCAUCCUGGAUGCGCUGCGCACCCAUUACAGUGCCCUGCAUUCUCCUGGCCCUUGCCUGGACCGGCCCAGCCCACAGCGGGAGCACCCCCUAGCGGCUGACGACGUGCGCACAGUGCAGACUUCGCUCCUUGGCCUGGUGCGGGAGUUCCUGGUCCGGAGCUCCGCCACUGACGACUUGCAGGUUAUGCUGAGCUUUCUGGCGGCUGUCAGUGACGAUGGCCAGGUGGUGGGUGCUCUAGACCUGCUGCAGGCGCUGCUACAGGGUUCACCAGCACAGGAGGCUCUGGCUGUCUUCCUUUUGGAGCAGGGGAACCUUGAGGUGUUGCUGGCACUGCUGGUGCAGCCAAGGUCACUGCCUCUGCUGCCUGACCACGUCUGCAAGAUCCUGCGCAAACUGCAGCAGAAUGAGCGCUUACCUGAGCGGAGCCGCCAGCGGCUCCGGCCGCGAGAGUACAGUCUCCAGGGUCUGAUCGCCUGCCUGCCGGAGGGCGCUGUUUCCCCCCAGCUCUGCCAGGGCCUCUACAGGCUAUUCCUAGGGGCAGACUGCCUGAACCUCUCAGAUCUGUUGGCCGUGGUGCAGCUGUCCCUCCAGGCUGACCUCAGCGUCCGCCUGGACAUCUGUCGCCAGCUCUUCCACCUCAUCCAUGGACAGCCAGACAUCGUGCAGCUGCUGGCCCGGCAGGCUGGCUGGCAGGACGUGCUGACCCGGCUGUAUGUCCUGGAGGCUGCCACAGCUGGCAGUCCCCUGCCCUCUCCCCCAGAGACACCCAUGUCCCCAGAGCCAGCCUUGUGCAAGCCGCCCACUGAAUCCCCCGAGUCUUCAGACGUCUUCCUGCCCUCGGAAAGCCCCAGCCCCGACGCUGACAGCUUUUACCAGGCUCUCUCCCCGUUCUGUACACCCUUUGACCUGGGCCUGGAACGGGCCAGUGUGGGUUCAUGCAGCAAUGCCGGUGGUGGCGGUGGUGGUGGUGGCGGCAGCAGCGGGACUCUGACUCCAGCCAGCCAGCCCGGCACACCUUCCCCGCUGGAUGGGCCCCGGCCCUUCCCCGUAGCCCAUGGCCGCCAUAGCUCCAGUCUCUCCAACGUGCUGGAGGACAGCAGCCUCCCGGAGCCCGCCAUCAGUGGGGAUGAUACCUCAAAUACCAGCAACCCUCAGCAAACCCCUGAGGAGGAGUUGUGCAACCUGCUCACCAACGUGCUGUUCUCAGUGGCAUGGCGGGGUGUGGGAGGCAGCGAUGAGGCUGCCUGGCGGGAGCGUGGCCAGGUCUUCUCGGUGCUCACCCAGCUGGGUGCCUCAGCCACACUGGUGCGCCCGCCAGACUGCAUCAAGCGCAGCCUCCUGGAGAUGAUGCUGGAGUCAGCCCUGACCGACAUCAAAGAGGCCCCCGCUGGGGUCCUGGCCAGCCUCACCCAGCAGGCGCUUUGGCUGCUGCGCCUGCUGCAGGACUUCCUGUGCGCCGAGGGUCACGGUAAUCAGGAGCUGUGGAGUGAGAAGCUCUUUGAAGGUGUAUGCAGCCUGCUGGACCGCAUGGGAGCCUGGCCGCACCUGGCCAACGGCACAGCAGAUCUACGAGAGAUGGCACAGAUUGGCCUGCGCCUGGUGCUUGGCUACAUCCUGCUGGAGGACCCACAGCUGCACGCCCAGGCAUAUGUGAGGUUGCACUCGCUCCUGCAGACAGCAGUGCCCAUGCGGCGGGAGGAGGCCUGCUACGUGCUCUCCAAGCUGGAGUCGGCGCUGGCACGGGCACUCACCACCCCCACCUCAGACACAACCACCGAAGACGGGGAGCCCUCAGCUGCAGCUGCCGCAGCCACGGAACGCUGCUCGUGGCUGGUACCGCUGGUGCGCACACUGCUGGACCGUGCCUAUGAGCCACUGGGGCUCCAGUGGGGGCUGCCUUCCCUGCCACCCACCAAUGGCAGCCCCACCUUCUUCGAGGACUUCCAGGCCUUUUGUGCCACACCUGAAUGGCGCCACUUCAUCGACAAGCAGGUGCAGCCCACCAUGUCCCAGUUCGAAAUGGACACCUACGCGAAGAGCCACGACCUCAUGUCGGGCUUCUGGAAUGCCUGCUACGACAUGCUCAUGAGUAGUGGACAGCGGCGCCAGCGGGAGCGUGCACAUAGUCGGCGGGCCUUCCAGGAGCUCGUGCUGGAACCUGUGCAGAGGCGGGUACGCUCAGAAGGGCUGCGUUAUGCAGCAGCCCUGAAGCAGCAGGCAGCGCAGCACUCGACGGCUCUGCUCCACUGGGGGGCGCUGUGGCGUCAGCUUUCCAGCCCCUGUGGGGCCUGGGCCCUGAGGGACCCACCGCUUCCCCGCUGGAAGUUGUCCAGUGCCGAGACAUAUUCUCGCAUGCGUCUGAAGCUAGUGCCCAACCAUCACUUCAACCCUCACCUGGAAGCUAGCGCCCUGCGGGACAACCUGGGAGAGGCCCCCCUGACACCUACCGAGGAGGCCUCGCUGCCUCUAGCAGUCACCAAGGAGGCCAAAGUCAGCACCCUGCCAGAAGAGCUUCUGGAAGACCAGCUUGGCGAAGAUGAGCUGGCUGCACUAGAGACCGCGAUGCAAGCAGCGGAACUGGACGAGCAGCAUGAGAAGCUGGUGCUGUCUGCUGAGUGCCAGCUGGUCACAGUGGUGGCGGUGGUCCCAGGGUUGUUGGAGAUCACCACACAGCACGUGUACUUCUACGAUUGCAGCGCCGAGCGUGUGGAAACCGAGGAGGGCAUCGGCCACGACUUCCGGCGCCCACUCGCCCAGCUGCGUGAGGUCCACCUGCGGCGUUUCAACCUGCGCCGCUCAGCCCUCGAGCUCUUCUUCAUCGAUCAGGCCAACUACUUCCUCAACUUCCCGUGUAAGGUGGGCGGGACCACAGCUUCGUCUCCUUGGCAGGCCCCCAGGCCCCAGCCCUGCAUCAUCCCACCCCACACCCAGGUACGGAGCCAGGUGUACUCGUGGCUCCUGCGCCUGCGCCCCCCGGCUCAAGGCUACCUAAGCAGCCGCUCCCCACAGGAAAUGCUGCGUGCCUCUGGCCUCACCCAGAAAUGGGUACAGCGUGAGAUAUCCAACUUCGAAUACUUGAUGCAACUCAACACCAUUGCAGGGCGGACCUACAACGACCUGUCUCAGUACCCUGUGUUCCCCUGGGUCCUGCAGGACUACGUGUCCCCAACUUUGGACCUCAGCAACCCGGCCGUCUUCCGGGACCUGUCCAAGCCCAUCGGUGUGGUGAACCCCAAGCAUGCCCAGCUCGUGAGGGAGAAGUACGAGAGCUUCGAGGACCCUGCGGGCACCAUUGACAAGUUCCACUAUGGCACCCACUAUUCGAACGCGGCAGGCGUGAUGCACUACCUCAUCCGUGUGGAGCCCUUCACCUCCCUACACGUCCAGCUGCAGAGUGGCCGCUUUGACUGCUCAGACCGGCAGUUCCACUCAGUGGCGGCAGCCUGGCAGGCCCGCCUGGAGAGCCCCGCCGACGUGAAGGAGCUCAUCCCAGAGUUCUUCUACUUCCCUGACUUCCUGGAGAACCAGAAUGGCUUCGACCUGGGCUGCCUCCAGCUGACCAACGAGAAGGUGGGCGACGUGGUGCUGCCGCCGUGGGCCAGCUCUCCUGAGGACUUCAUCCAGCAGCACCGCCAGGCUCUGGAGUCGGAGUAUGUGUCUGCCCACCUGCACAAGUGGAUUGACCUCAUCUUUGGCUACAAGCAGCGGGGACCAGCCGCGGAGGAGGCCCUCAAUGUCUUCUAUUACUGCACCUAUGAGGGGGCUGUGGACCUGGACCAUGUGGCAGAUGAGCGGGAACGGAAGGCUUUGGAGGGCAUUAUCAGUAAUUUUGGGCAGACUCCCUGUCAGCUGCUAAAGGAGCCACAUCCAGCUCGGCUAUCAGCAGAAGAGGCAGCCCAACGCCUUGCACGUCUGGACACUAACUCGCCUAGCAUCUUCCAGCACCUGGACCAGCUCAAGGCCUUCUUUGCAGAGGUCAUCAGUGACGGCGUGCCCCUGGUCCUGGCCCAGGUUCCUCACCGGCAGUCCCACUCCAUCAUCCAGGGCUCCUCAGACCUGUUGGUGACCGUGAGUGCCAGUGGGCUCUUGGGCACUCACAGCUGGUUGCCCUAUGACCGUAACAUAAACAACUACUUCAGCUUCAGCAAAGACCCCACCACAGUCAACCCCAAGAUGCAGCGACUGCUGAGUGGCCCAUGGUGGCCAGGCAGUGGUGUGAGCGGGCAAGCCCUGGCAGUGACCCCGGACGGGAAGCUGCUGUUCAGUGGUGGCCACUGGGAUGGCAGUCUGCGAGUGACCGCACUAUCCCGGGGCAAGCUGUUGAAGCAACUCAACCGCCACCUUGAUGUGGUGACGUGCCUUGCAUUGGACACCUGCGGUAUCUACCUCAUCUCAGGCUCCCGGGACACCACGUGCAUGGUGUGGCGGCUCCUGCAGGAGGGUGGUUUCUCGGUGGGACUGGCAUCAAAGCCCGUGCAGGUCCUGUACGGGCAUGAGGCUGCAGUGAGCUGUGUGGCCAUCAGCACUGAACUCGACAUGGCUGUGUCUGGAUCUGAGGAUGGAACUGUGAUCAUCCACACCAUACGCCGUGGCCAAUUUGUGGCAGCACUACAGCCCCCAGGGGCCACGUUACCCGGACCUGUGUCCCACCUGGCGCUGGGGUCUGAGGGCCAGAUUGUGGUACAGAGCUCGGCGUGGGAGCGUGUGGGGGCUCAGGUCACCUACUCCUUGCACUUGUACUCAGUGAAUGGGAAGUUACGGGUUUCACUGCCCCUGGUAGAGCAGCCCACAGCCCUGGCGGUGACAGAGGACUUUGUUCUGCUGGGCACAGCGCAGUGUGCCCUGCACAUCCUCCACCUGAACAAACUGCUCCCAGCCGCACCUCCUCUACCCAUGAAGGUGCCCAUCCGAAGUGUGGCUGUGACCAAGGAGCGCAGCCAUGUGCUCGUGGGCCUGGAGGACGGGAAGCUUAUCGUGGUGGGCGCGGGGCAGCCUUCUGAGGCGCGCAGCAGCCAGUUCGCGCGGAAGCUGUGGCGGCCCUCCAGGCGCAUCUCCCAAGUGUCCUCGGGGGAGACAGAGUACAACCCUGGAGAGGCGCGCUGACAGCCGCCACGCCCCACUGCGUAGGCUCCUCCCCCAGCGGCUCCGCCCUUGGAGGCACCGCCCAGGAAUCCGGCGGGAACUCGGAGGAGGAGACCCAGCGGCCGCGGCCUAGUUCCGGCCCGGCUCCGGGGGUGGGCGGGACCCCACCCCCCACCCCCGCCCAGCUCAGGGAUUGGUGGGCGGUUCACUCCAGGAAGUCCCGCCCCUCGCCGGCAGAGGGGCCGUCUGGAGUCCGGCACUGGCCUAAGAGGCAGCACUGCACUUUUUGCACAGCUGUGGGGCGGGAGCUCAGGCUCCCCAGCCCCGCAUCCCGGCAGAGCACGGGGACCGGACUGUGGCCUUAAUCUCUAAAGGCGGCCCCUCGCUCUCCCGGUCUUGGCAAUAAACCUGGCCUGAUUUUGUA